UUUUAUCUCAGGGUUUCCUCUCAAUAAUCUCAACUUGGCCUCUGCUUUCUCUUCCUCUCCUCUGAAAAAAGGCCAAACCAUUUCCUAUUUCCAAAACCUUCUCUCACUAAAGAGCAAGAACACACAAAAUGUAUGCAGAUUCAGGGUUAAUGCUCCGUUACAUGCAAAACUGUCCUGCAGAUAUUCAACAAUUUGAGGACCUCUUCAAAUCAUACAAGCUCUCGGAUUCUGAAAUGAACAACGCUUUUGCUGAGUCAUCAAACAUGCAUGAGUAUGAUAUCGGAGAAGAAGGAGAUUUGUUCAAAGCUCCUGAUCCAAUUCUUGAAGAACCAAUCUUAGCCGUUGAUCCACUCUCAGCUGCUUUAACCAUGAUCUCUCGCGGCGAAGACUCUUCUCAAGGGCUUUGUGAGCUUCCUGAUCUCGAUCUCGGGUCGUUACAAAGUGGUCAGCAGCUUCUUGACAAAGCUUUCUAUGAAUGUGAGCAAGAUCUCAUGAUGAAGUCAGCUAUGGAGUCUCCGUUCUCUAAUAUGUUAGACAUCAAGAACAUCUCUGAUGCGUUAGAUGUCAAGAACGUCUCUGAUGCGUUAGAUGUCAAGAACGUCUCUGUGGUGAAAGGUAUAGAUGAGAAUAAGGAUAUGCAGAAGAGUGUGAGCUCGGGGAACUUGAGCUGUAUGGAUUGGUCACAGGCACAACAAGAACCUGUUGUGAUUCAGAACUUUCCUGAUUUUUCUCAAUUAGAUUUCAGUUCUGAUUAUGGGAUGCGAAGAGCCUUUAGUGAAGGCGACAUACAGAAACUUGGUAAUGGUCUAGCUCAAUCUCCAUUAGAUAGGAUUAUUGUGAGCUGUACUUCAGAGGAUCGACGUGAGAAGCUUUCACGAUACAGGAACAAGAAGAGCAGGCGAAACUUCGGGCGCAAAAUCAAGUAUGCUUGUAGGAAAACUCUUGCGGAUAGCCAACCGAGGUUCCGAGGAAGGUUUGCGAAAACAGAGGAGAGGAAGUAGAAUGGUUUCAAAUAAAAUGGUGAUGGAGGAGGGUGAGCAAAAGGAAGAAUCAGGAGACAAGGCCCAUUUCCUUAUAAACUAGUUUUGUUAUAUAUAUAUAUGUAUUAUCUUAAAAAUAUUAUAUAAGCAUUCAAAUUAGUUUUUUGUAUAUUAAGGAGUUCUCUAAAUAAGCUUAUAAGGAAAGAAAUUGCAGCUACAUAAGUCAUGUAAUGGUGGUGAGAUGUGUAGAUAUAUGUCUUUAUAAUUCUAUAUAAUUAUUUAUUCGAUAA